AUAUAGUUGUUGUGUCUAAAAUAAAUCCUAUUUAUUGUACUUGUUUUGUUUCUCGUGUACAUAUUUUGCUCGAGUAUAAAUUGUCUUUUCGUUCAGUCUAUGUUGUUAGUGAGAGUUUGGAUUGGGACACAGCCGUGACUUGAUACAGUACACUCCUUUUACGCGUUCCUCUUUCUUUUGUGUCUGCUGUAACCACACCCAGCACUCGGAGAGCUGUCAGGUGAAGGAAUGAGGUUUCUGAACAAAAACCGGACUUCCGAAGAGAAGAUCAAAGCGACAUGAAAAGGUUUUCGAGCCCGAAUAGAUUGGACAUGAUCGGUAAGGAGGCGGACGGAGUAGACGCAGUGUCCAAAUCCGAGAAAGACCAGGGCUGGAUCGCAGCUGUAAUCAAGAAAAGAGUGUGUACGACGUUUGUGGAGGAUUCCUUCAGCAAUGGUCGUCUGUGUCAGUGUGGGAGUGCGAGGGACAGCCAUACCUCAGUCUCCCUGAACGAUUACUUCAGUACGGCCAUCGUCAGUCACUGGGACCGUUCCCAACACACAUCAGAGUCUCCCACAGACGCUUUUGGAGAGGUGGAGUUUGCAGGGGGAGCCAGCAAGAGGCACAGCUAUUUUAUACGUCUUUCCUGGGAUACUCCUCCUGCUACCGUUUAUUCCCUGUUGACCAACCACUGGGGCCUGCCGUCUCCAAACCUCGUGGUUUCAGUGACUGGAGGCGUGGGGAAAACUAAGGUCAAGAGCUGGGUGCGAGAGGUUCUAAGGCAGGGAUUGGUCAGAGCAGCCCAGAGCACAGGAGCAUGGAUCUUAUCAGGCGGACUAAGGGAGGGUGUUGGCAGGUAUCUGGGGGAGGCUGUGAGGGAUCACGCUAUGGCUGCAUCCUCAGUUUCUAAAGUAGUGGCCAUAGGCAUAGCUCCAUGGGGUUCGGUCCGAAACCGAGAACAACUAAUCAACCCAGAGGGAAGUUUUCCUGCCCAUUACUUUGUUUCAAACUCAUCCAGAGACUCCUGCUUCCUGGAUAACAACUACCAGGCGUUUCUUCUUGUGGAUGAUGGAAGCGUAGGCCAUAAAUGUGUGGAGGAUGAUUUCAGAGCACGCCUGGAGAGCUACAUUUCCCGGCAGCGCACAGGAAAAUCAGGAAGUGGGAGCAUGGACAUCCCUGUGCUCUGUAUGCUGGUGUCAGGAGAGCCUUACAUGCUUGAGAGAAUGGAUCUCUCCUUAAAGAAGUCUAUCCCUUGGUUGGUCCUGGCAGGCUCUGGGGGAUUGGCUAACUUGGUAAGCGACGUCCUUGACAACACAUCAGCUGCACCAAGCCUGCCUGGGUCGGGGACAGAAGGCGAGGGCGAGGCGGCUACCAAAACAGAUUUUAGGGGAAGAGUAACGGAGAUAAUGCUGAAGCACUUUCCCUCUGAACAGGACACUGACAAACUCGUAGACAAGGUUCUGAGCAUUUGCCAAAACAAAGACCUCAUCUCAAUCUAUAAUGAAGAACAUGAGGGCUUAGACGACUUUGACACUGUGCUGCUGAAGGCUCUAGUCAGGGUGAAUAAACAGCGCCUUUCCAAUGAUGCCCCCCCUUAUACUGAGGAGCUGAGGUUGGCUGUCACAUGGAACAGAGUGGACAUCGCCAAGAGUGAGCUCUUCACAGGAAGCAUACAGUGGAGGAACGAAGACUUGGAGGGCUUCAUGACUGAUGCGCUGGUGAACAACAAGCCUCAAUUUGUACGCCUUUUUACUGAAAACGGACUGAACGUCCUGGACUAUCUUACAUAUGGCCGUCUAGAGGAGCUGUAUGAGUCAAUCUCAGAGGGCUGUCUAGCCUACACACUGCUACAGCGUUACCUCGCAGAACGUGAAAGUGCUGUCAAUACUGGCUCUUCUCGCUCCGCGGCCGGUAAUAAAAACGACACCUUCAACCCAGUCAAGAAACUGACACUUUUCGAGGUGUCUCAAGUCCUGCGAUACCUGCUAGGUGAUGUGUGCGAGCCAUUCUAUUAUGAUUGCCUGGAUCUGCAGGUUGUUGCUUCCAAACGCAAAACCUUCAAGAAAGUAUCUAUGUUAAAAUCGGAUGCUGAAUAUCGGAAACGUAAAUGUACUUACCCAUGGGCUUCGCUCUUCAUGUGGGCUGUGCUGCAGAACCGCAGUGAGAUGGCCGUUUACUUCUGGGAAAUGUGCUCAGAGUCCGUGCUGAGUGCUCUAUUUGCUUGUAAGCUGCUGAGAGUUCUCUCCAGAUUAGAGACCGAGACCGAGACCAAACACUCUAUGAAGGAACUGGCUCAGAGAUUUGAGAACUUGGCACUUGAUGUUUUCAGUAAAUGCUAUGAAAGCUGUGAGAGUCGCUCAUUCGUUCUGCUGAAGAAAAACUCUGACAUCUGGAAGGGAACUACGUGUCUGAAGAUGGCCAUGGAAGCAGAUGCUCGUCUCUUCUUCAGUCACGACGGCGUGCAGACUCUGCUGUCUCAGAUCUGGUGGGGGGAUAUGGACAGAAGCACUGAGGUAUGGAAGCUCAUCCUGACUUUGUUCGUUCCUCCACUCUGCUACACCAGCCUAAUCUCUUUCAGGGAGGUAGAAGAUCCAGAUGAGGGGAAGUCUGAGGACGACUCACAGAAAAAGGAAAUAGACUGGCUCUAUGCAGAAACCGUCUUCUCUUUCUCAGAUAUGAAACGCAUUCAGGCAAAAGGAGAUUCAUCAAGUCCUGGUAGACCAAGCAUAAAAGGUCAUCCAGUCAGGCCAGCCCGUCCCAAGUUGCCUUUUGUAUUGUCACGCUGGAGACAGUUCUGGUACGCACCGGUCACUGCUUUCCUUGGCAACGUGAUCAUGUACUUUCUCUUCCUGCUUCUGUACGCCUAUGUGCUGUUAAUGGACUUCAAGCCACCACCUCCAAAGGGUCCGUCCUUCUGGGAGCUCCUGCUGUAUUUUUGGGUGUUCACCAUAGGGUGCGAAGAUAUUCGUGAGACAUUCAUCGUGGGUACCAUGACCUUUAAGCAGAGGAUACGACAGUGUGCUCAGGAUACGUGGCGUAUGUGUGACCUGAUUGCCAUCACCCUGUUCCUUAUUGGCGUGUGCUGCAGGAUGUUCAAGGAAACAUAUUGGUUCGGCCGUGCUGCCUUGUGUCUUGACUACAUGGUGUUCACCCUCAGACUUAUUCACAUCUUUGCCAUUCAUAAGCAACUUGGGCCAAAAAUCAUCAUAGUGGGCAAAAUGAUGAAAGAUAUUUUCUUCUUUCUGUUCUUCCUUGGCGUGUGGUUACUGGCCUAUGGAGUGGCCAAUCAGGCUCUGAUCUACCCCUACGACUCAAACCCUGAUAGGAUACUUCGCCGUAUAUUUUACAGGCCGUAUUUACACAUAUAUGGACAAAUUCCUGUGGAGGAAAUAGACUCUGGAUUUCAUUGGGAUGCCAAUUGUACGAACAAUGCAACACUAAUUAAAGCAGGUGUAGAACCAUGCAGGGAUACACAUCAUAACUGGCUUGUGGUCAUCUUACUCGUCAUCUACCUUUUGGUCACCAACAUUCUGCUCGUUAAUCUACUCAUCGCCAUGUUCAGUUACACCUUCAACAAGGUGCAAGAUCGGAGUGACACCUACUGGAAGUUCCAGCGCUACAACGUAAUUGUGGGGUAUCAUAUUCGGCCGUGCCUUGCUCCACCCUUAAUCUUUAUCUCCCACUUCCACCUCUUCAUCAAGCGGAACAUCCGCAAGCUGCCAUCUGAGAAGGUGCACCAAUUUGCUAUGGAUUUAAAGCCUAAAGCUAACAACCGGCUAAUAACAUGGGAGAGCAUUCAGAAGGAAAACUUCUUAUCUGCUGAGGGAAAGAAACUAAGAGGAAGUGACACGGAGAGGCUAAAGCGCAUGUCUGUGAAAGUUGACGAUGUAGUGAAACAGACAGCUGAGAUCAGGGAUUUGGAUCGAAGAUUAAGAGCACUUGAGUCUGAGAUGGAAUUCUGUUCAUCCACACUUAUAUGGAUGGCUGAAGCUCUCUCUCAGGGCAGUGUGCUAAAAACCACUAAGCCUCCUCCCACACGGAAAGUGAACACAUUCACGACUGAAAUGUGACAAUGAUUCCCUUUUCUUCUGUCAUCACUCCUUUACCCUAAGCACACAGUGGUGUUAAAGGCAAUGCAUUCCUGUUUGUACGGUCUAUUUCAUGAGAGUGUGGCAAAGUAAACUUUGUCCUUUUCUUCA